AUGGUCACGAAUAGUAUCAACUGGGAAAAAGAUAACCAAGAUUCUGCAGUAAAGGCUGAUGAAUAUUCUGAAAGCAUGAUGAAAGACAUACUCGUUCAAAAGUACAGAGAUAAAAUUAAAAGUCUAGAGAAAGAGAAUAAUUUUCAAAGAGAGGCUCUUGCAACAAAGGGAAAAACAAGAAAUGCAACUCCGAGCGCAACCGAAAAAGCAGUAAGAUUUCAACAUGACAUCGUGUCGAAAUAUAAACAGUUGUUAGCUGAAAGCGAAUAA